UAAUUAUCAAAGGUGGCUCAGUUCAUAACAUGACUUUGAAACGAUUCUACGCACACGUCAUCAUCGCCUCUCUGACAGCCGUCACCCUUGGCUAUAUCGUACAAACUCCAAACAUUAGGCAAGAAGCUAAUAGAAUCUCAAGAUACACUAAAGAAUCUCUGCUUAACUUCACCGAACUUACUUCCAAAUAUGGCUACGUCUCCGAGGAACACAAAGUGCUCACAGACGACGGAUACAUCCUCACCAUGUUCCGGAUAGUGAAGGCCAGGAACUGUCACCGAGCGAAGAGAUCUCCCCCGGUGCUGCUGAUGCACGGGCUGCUGCAGAGCUCCGACUCCUGGAUAGACUCGGGGCCCCACGCUGGCCUGGCCUACCUCAUCUCCGACGCCUGCUACGACCUCUGGCUGGGCAACGUCAGGGGGAACUACUACUCCCGGGGGCAUGUCCGCCUCGACCCUGACAAGGAUCCCGCUUACUGGAAGUUCUACAUCGACGAGAUGGGGGUCUAUGAUGUACCAGCGACGAUUGACUAUGUUCUCAAGCACACGAGAUCUGAGAAGCUGAACUAUAUAGGAUUCUCUCAGGGAGCAGGAACUUUCUUUGUGAUGUGUUCUGAAAGACCAGGUUACUGUGAGAAGGCUCAGCUCAUGAUCGGUUUAGCACCAGCAGCCAGACAGUUUCAUACCCAGUCCAAGAUAUACAGAACUUUGGUGCAGACAUUAGAAAAGAUGGAGGAUGCGUUAUCAGCUAACGGUGUGAUGGAAAUAUUUCCUAAGGGGGGACUUGUUCAGGAGUCGUCAUCACUAUUCUGUCAGGUGUCGAAGUUGACGCAGAUGAUUUGUGAAGUGUUCCUCAAUUUGAUCGAUCACGUGGAGGCCCCUCACAUGGGGUCUAUUACUGACAAGACUAAGAAGGUCCUCUUCGGACACUUUCCCGCAGGAACCUCUUUGCACAACAUGGCUCGCUACGGGCAGAGCAUGCAUAGUGACAGAUUCGAGAAGUUCAACUAUGGAAAGAAGCGAAAUGUGAAGUUAUAUGGAAGUGAGAAGCCUCCGGAGUAUAACCUGAGUGCCACAACUGUGUCUGUGAUGGUGCUCUAUGGGAACAAUGACGGAUAUGUGGAUACCAAAGACGUGAAGUGGCUCAUGGCUCGGCUGCCAAAUGUUCUGGAAUUUGUGAAGGUGGCCGACCCUCAGUGGAACCAUAUGGAUGUGACCUACAGUCAGUAUACUAAGAAGUCCAUAUUUCCUAAGAUUUGUGAAUAUUUGUUAAAAUAUUCGCGUGCGUAGCAAACAUUUUACAUUUUAUGUAACGUGGUUUUGAACGCUAAAGUAUUAAAAAUGUAUUAAUUUGUGUAUACGGGUAUAUUUAUUAUUUAAGGGCUUAUAAUAAACGCUCUUUUGAAGUGAAAAUAAUUGUAAUUAGGUCAAAUAUAUUUGAUAUCCGUAGGUAUUUAUUUUCAUGAACCUAAUUGAUAUUUUUUUACGGACAUUAUACUUUCUAGACAAAAAAGUCGGUAUUGAUUUUCGAAAUGCCGAUCCGCCUACCGAACAUAGUUUAUUCAUCCUCCGAGCCUUUUUCCCAAUCAUGUUGGGGUCGGCUUCCAGUCUAACCGGAUUCAGCUGAGUACCAGUGCUUUACAAGAAGCGACUGCCUAUCUGACCUCCUCAACCCAGUUACCCGGGC